UCUUAUUUAACAAAAAAUAAAUAGAAAAGGAGAAAUAAAAAAAAUACCAUGAGUGAUACAUCAAUUAUUAAAUUUAAAAAAAAAUAUUAACUAUUAGUAUUAUAACACUUGGUAUAGUUUCAGGACGCUAAAAGAUUUCUCGUAGAAUACCAACUAGAAUUUGAGAAAUUUUGUAAUGUGACUGGUACACAAAGAGGUAUAUCACGUGUCACUAUACAAAUGAUGAAAUAUAUAUGUUAAAAAAUUAAUAACUUAAAAAAUAAAACUUUUCACCACGUCUAUUAAAACACGUGAUAUAGCAGUCGUAUUCUGAUCGAAAUUUUUCUCUUAGGAUCUAACCUCGAAACUACACUAAAAUAACACAUCACAAUUCACAAAGGCAUAUGGCAUUUAAAGAGGAACGCGGGAUGCGGAGGCCAUUCGUUUCUCGUACGCCAACGUAACGGACAUACCGUUGCCUCAGCCAGCCUCGCAAGAAACCACCAAACCCCUCCUCUCUCUCUCUCUCUCUCUCCCCCUCCCUCCCUCCCUCCCUCCCUCCCUUCACAGAAACCCCAUUUACCAUAUUCAUCGAUUCAAUCACUUUCUCACGUCGCAUGUUAAAAAAAAAGCCCCAUAAAAUUACAGACAUCAUGGUGGUGGUGGGUUUUUAACUCCCAUUGCCUUCUUUUGCAGCGUGCCAAGAAGGAAAUUAAUUUGGAUUUUUGGAUAUAAUAUUUCUUGGCCCUGCAAAGUUUUCCUCCAUAUUUGGUGUGAUCAAUGGGGAUAUCGCGUGACAAUGUUCAUGGACUCACUCUCGCGGUUUCUUCAAGCAUUUUCAUUGGCGCUAGUUUUAUCAUCAAGAAGAAAGGUCUUAAAAAGGCCGGCGCUACUGGCACCAGAGCAGGAUUAGGAGGGUAUACGUACUUGUAUGAACCCUUGUGGUGGGCUGGGAUGACAGCAAUGAUUGUUGGGGAGAUAGCCAACUUUGCGGCUUAUGCAUUUGCCCCAGCAAUUCUCGUAACUCCCUUGGGAGCUUUAAGUAUUAUUGUCAGUGCAGUGCUUGCUCAUUUUGUUCUGAAGGAAAAAUUGCAUAUAUUUGGUGUGCUUGGUUGUGUUCUUUGCGUGGUGGGUUCUGUAAGCAUUGUAUUGCAUGCUCCACAAGAGAAACCAAUAUAUUCCGUUAAGCAAGUGUGGCAUCAUGCUACGCAGCCAGGUUUCAUCAUCUACACAUGUAUAGUAUUGAUUCUGGUUGCUGUCCUCAUUGUCCGGUAUGUGCCACGCUACGGGCAAACCCACAUGAUCGUCUACGUUGGUAUCUGUUCACUCAUGGGAUCUCUUACGGUUAUGAGUGUGAAAGCAGUGGGAAUAGCUCUGAAGCUGACGUUUUCCGGAACAAAUCAAUUCAAAUACUUCGAGACUUGGAUUUUUGUGUUGGUAGUGACAGUAUGCUGUCUUUUUCAGAUCAACUACUUAAACAAGGCUCUUGACACGUUUAACACUGCCGUUAUAUCUCCAGUCUACUACGUUAUGUUCACAAUAUUCACCAUUCUUGCCAGUGUGAUCUUGUUUAAGGACUGGGAGUCACAAAAUGGAUCACAGAUAGUGACUGAACUGUGUGGUUUCAUCACUAUAUUAUCCGGUACAUUUCUCCUUCACAAAACAAAGGACAUGGGAAAUGAUCCACCCAAGGAGCCCUCCGGAUUCAAAAGUCCGAGCCACGUAGAUUCAUCCUCGAAUUCCUGACAGCCGCGCUGCAGAUGGUGAAGUUUAUGCACUGGUACAGCAUCAGGAUGCAGUUUGUUGUUUGUAGGGACUCCCCAAUGCUUGAGUUUCCAUAUAUUUUCUUUCCAUUUGUUUUUCCUUUUUCUUGAACAGGUUUUCUUGUAUGGUUAAAUAAGAUUUACAGCAGUUUGGGGGAAUUUGUUACUGAUGAAAUUAAAUUACAGGAAAUGAUGAAAUUUAUAAAUUCUUUU